AUGGAGAAGUCGAGUAGCGAGGAUUCUUCGAUCCACCGGAGUCCAUCUUUGGACAGCAAGGACUCGGACUUUGCCAAACCGUCCACCUCUGGCCGCCCGUUCGGCCGCGGCUUCACGGCUGGCGCCUUCUACGGCACCGCGGGUUCGCGGGGUCAGAGCCGCACGGAGGCCGGCAUUAAGACUGACAAGUACAAUGCGCCCAAAGGCAGCAAGUACGUGGUGUUUUACCUGGACCUGUCCUUUGUGUUCCUCCUAGAAUUUAAGAAGUGCAACAUGGCCAGAGGCUGUCUCUGCUGCUUGAAGUACAUGAUGUUCCUCUUCAAUUUGAUAUUCUGGCUCUGUGGCUGUGGGCUGCUCGGAGUGGGCAUCUGGCUCUCCGUGUCCCAAGGCAACUUUGCCACCUUCUCCCCCAGCUUCCCCUCGCUGUCUGCGGCCAACCUUGUCAUCGCAAUAGGCACCAUCGUCAUGGUGACAGGCUUCCUGGGCUGCCUGGGGGCCAUCAAGGAAAACAAGUGUUUGCUUCUCAGUUUCUUCAUCGUCUUGUUGAUCAUCCUGCUGGCAGAGCUGAUUCUGCUCAUCCUCUUCUUCGUCUACAUGGACAAGGUGAACGAGAAUGCCAAGCAGGACCUGAAAAGGGGGCUGCGGCUGUACAACACCGAGAACAACGUGGGGCUCAAGAACGCCUGGAAUAUCAUCCAGGCCGAGAUGCGGUGCUGUGGGGUCACUGACUACACAGACUGGUACCCAGUGCUCGGGGAGAACACAGUUCCUGAUCGAUGCUGCAUGGAGAAUUCCCAGGGCUGUGGCCGCAACAGCACCACUCCCUUGUGGAGAACGGGCUGCUAUGAGAAAGUGAAACUGUGGUUUGAUGACAAUAAGCACGUGCUGGGCACCGUGGGCAUGUGCAUACUCAUCGUGCAGAUCCUAGGAAUGGCCUUUUCCAUGACUCUGUUCCAGCACAUCCACCGGACGGGUAAAAAGUACGAUGCCUGAGUGUUUGGCAGCGCCUGGCUCCACCCGGACACUGUAUGUGCCAGGGAAGAGGACCUGAGUUGUGUCUCCUGCCUGCUCUCCGAUGGCCACCCUGCACCACCUGCCAGCCUGCACUCUCCUGCCCACAUCCUUGGCCUUAGACUUCAUGGAGGGCAGAAGCCCAAGGAGAAGGCAUCGUGCAGAGACCUCAGGGCUUGGGCACCUGGAUUCCUGCACCUGCAUACUUGCCAAAGACGCCAGGGUGGGCAGGGUGUCAACGAGGAAGCCCCGACGAUGUGUUUCUGCCUCUGGCCUUCCUCACAUUGACACUUGUUCCUGUGUGGGGUGGAGAGUCUGCCCCAGGGAGGCCACUGCCGUCCAUGGCUGCCCAGCCAGAGAGCCUGCCAGGGUGCAGUGUGGCACCGUCAGGUCAGGCCCCCUGGAGCACCCUGCCCAGGUUUUUAUACUAUAGUGUAACUUUUUUUUUUAAUUUUACUCUGAUUAUGAUUAUUCAGGAAUAUUAUCUCUCAGAUAAGUUUAGGGUUAGCUUUCUGAUUUAUAACUUUUUACUGUGUUGAUUUCCAUAACGGUUUGAGUUUCCUUUUCCUGUGGGUGGGGAUGGUUAGGGAGAAAGGACCUCCAUCCGCUUUCAGUCAGGACACACCACUGUGCAACACUCACGAGGCUGAGGGUGAGAAGUGCCAGCCUUUUCCCUAGGACUCACCUCGAGGGAGAGGGUACAGCCAUGAUACGGGGCCCUGCCAGGCCUGGAGACCAUGGAUGGAGCCAGAGGAGGCUGGUGGGAUACAGAGCAUGGGCAUCCAACUCUGGGGUGAGAGGAUGCUGCCUGAACCAGGGAGCCACAUCAGCAGGGCAUGCUUAGGUCAGGGGAAAUGCUUUGUUGGGAGGAGAGGCAGUCAGAACAGUCUGUGGCAUCUCCUCCUCCCCUCUUCCUCCUCUUCCUCCUCUUCCUCUUCUUCUUCUUUAUCCCCUUCCCCCUCUUCCUCCCUCAGUCCUCUGCCGGCUUCCCUCCUGACCCACAAACAUCCUGCAUCCCAGAUGGUCACUCUCACACAUUCCUGCUGCAAAUUCCUCUGGUUCAGACCCUGCUCUACUUACCCUGGUCUGGACAGUGGAAGCAGACAUGUUCCUCUGCCCAGACUGUCAGAGUCUCAGGACUACCCAGGAAGGGAGGCAGAGCUGGCAUCCAUGGCCAGCCCUACCAGACUCACUCAGUUGCUUACUGCCCUGCCGAGGAGAAAGAAAAGGGCCAUGUGGGUCUCAGGACCAUUCCUCCUUAGGAUCCACUGCUGUCCACACUGCGGGACAGGCAUCAUAUUCCAUGGAACCUCAAAGAUACAAGAUACAGAAACUCUGAGAAGUCAGUCUUCUGUUGCCCCCACAGCACUGGAGAGAAGGCCCUCAUUAGAUGCCCAGUGCUUGGCAUGGGAGAUGGAGGCAGGUUUUAUCUCAAGCUGUAGCAGGAGUCUUGCUGGCACUGAUACCCACCGUGUCCUUCCAUAAAGACAAGGGCCUGUGGGACUGGCCGAGCACCCACUGGGAUCCAGAGCACCUCAUUCUCAGGCCUUCAUGUGGUAGCUGCUUUUCUCGUGCCAUUUGGUUCUUUCCCACUAUUUCCCACCAGGCCAGGUCCUCCCUGAUCUCGUCAUGAUAUCCAACCAACCUAUAACCCCUCUGACCUCCUUGAAUAACAGACAGUGGAUGACCAGGGGUGUGGAACUUUCAAUAUGUUCAAGAUUCAAGUUUUGGAGGUGAGAGAGGAGAACAGGGAGCUCUCAGCAGAUUGGUCCCAGAAGUUGCCAGUUCCAGGAGGUGGAAUUGUGGUCUAUUGGAGGAAUGGCAGCCACUUCCCUGGAACCUCCAAAAUGCAGAGUUCAGGUAGACCCAUUAAACAGUCAGAAAACAAGCGUGGCACCUGCUGCAUUAUGGAUAGGGUGGGUUUGUUUAUGCCCAUCUAUGGGUGUUUAAACUUUCAUUAACAUCAACAUUGAGGUCCCAGUACUCUAGGAGGCACUUCCCCUCCCUGCCUCGUCACAGCUCUAGAGUGCUUCAGGGUGGUGCUGGUCCCUGGAGCCUUAGCCAAAGUCCCCCACCCUCACCAUGCCCACAUCGCCUGCCUGUUCAGCAGAGCCAGAUCAUAAGUCCCAAACCGCCUUUUUUUUGGUUUUAGCUGUGUGUGGCUGUGUAGUCAUCUGCAGAGUCUUCAUGGGGCAGAGGUCUCCAGGCACAGAGAGGAUGUCUUGAGACCCUUGCUUAUCUUGGGGGAAUGGCCCUUAUAUGCUAAUGAAGACCACACCGAGUAAGGCCAGAGGAGGUGCCUCAGGUCUUCUCCGAUACUCUUGGCUCUGAGCUCACUGAGGUCCUGCCACCAGACCUCCUUUACCUGUGGCCUCCCUGGCCUAAGACAGAGCCAUUUCCUUCAGGUCCCGCACAAGCAAUUUACAGACCUGACUCAGAAAGUCCUCAUGGUUUGCAAAUGACCUCAAGGAAAUGCCUGACAUAGCCCCUGGCAUUUCUCCACAGCCAACUGACUGGCAGUGGGGCUCAGAGGGUAGGGUCUGGAAACUGCUCUCCAUGACUGACAGAUGUCAGGUACAUGUCUCCUUGCACCUCUAUACUCUGAGCUGGCACAGAGUCAUUCUGUGUCUCCACCAGUCUGGACCAGCACCUCAGCUGUCCCCCUUGCACACUGCUCUGACCUGACUUAGAAUUAAGUGGUCAAGCCUCCAGCUCACUUCAGGUGGAUGGAAUUGGUUGUCCUCUCCUCUCUGGACCCCUGCCCACCCUCUGGUGGAGGUGCUAACUAGCAGGGACAUGGCACAGGACAGGGAGCUGGGUGCCAGAUGCUUGGGGUCUGUUCUUUGCCCCACGACCCCUGGCAUCCCUUCUCAUGUUCCUGUUUUCUCAUUUCCCUCCCCUCCUCCACGAUGGUGGCGUUCUGGCCUCCCCUCUCUGAGUGGGCAUCUGGAGGAGUGAGGCCUUUGGGCCUCCACUUGCCUUGCUGCCCCUGGGUGGCCAGAGAGCCAGGAGUGCACGCUUAUUGGUUUCGAAUGCACUUUCUGCUUGCAAUGCCUUGUCUGCAUUUCCUUCAUCCCAGGUCCCGCUUUAACGAACACCAUGUUUUUAGCAUGUUUUUAAAUAAAAACUGAUCAUGUGUCAAAAGCA